UAUGUCAAACAAAACCAAGCAGAACCCUAUUUCUUAAUUGUGGAUCAACAUUCAUGAGAAUGAAUAGCCUGGAAAGUCUGAAUUUGAAAUCAUCACUCUGAUGCUUUCCUUAAGAAAGGAACAUAAAUCGCCAAGAUGAGAAACAACAGCACAAGAGCAAAGUGCACUGAUCUCCAAAUGCCAUUUCAGCACACGCUCUAUGCAACCACUUACAUUACCAUCUUUAUCCCUGGUCUUCUGGCCAACACCGCAGCCUUGUGGGUUCUGUGCCGCUUCAUCAGCAAGAAAAACAAAGCCAUCAUUUUCAUGCUCAACCUCUCUGUGGCUGACCUUGCUCACGUGCUGUCCUUACCCCUCCGGAUUUACUACUACAUCAACCGCCACUGGCCUUUCCAGACGCCCCUUUGCCUGCUGUGCUUCUACCUGAAGUAUCUCAACAUGUACGCCAGCAUUUGCUUCCUGACCUGCAUCAGCCUUCAGAGGUGCUUCUUUCUUCUCAAGCCCUUCAGGGCCAGAGACUGGAAGCGAAGGUACGAUGUGGGCAUCAGCGCUGCCAUCUGGGUCGUCGUGGGCACUGCCUGUUUGCCACUUCCAAUUCUAAGAAGUACUGGCUUAGCCAACAACACUGAGUUCUGUUUUGCUGAUUUAGAGGUCAAACAUAUUAGCAUGGCUUCCUCCAUUGCCAUGGUAACUAUAGCUGAACUUGGAGGGUUUGUGCUACCUGUUAUAAUUAUUACUUAUUGCACAUGGAAAAUGAGAAAAUCUUUACAGGAAAUCCAAGUUCCCCCUCAGAAUACCAAAGAGAGAAAAAAGGCUUUGUGGAUGGUUCUGAUGUGUGCAGUGGUGUUCAUUGUGUGUUUUACACCUUACCACCUCAACUUCCCACUUUUUAUGAUGGUGAAGCAAGAUGUGUUUUCAAACUGCUCCUUUAUCAAGAGUACUCUAUGUUUCCACAUCAUUUCCCUGUGUCUUGCAAAUCUGAACUGUUGUCUUGACCCAGUUGUAUAUUAUUUUAUGACCUCAGAAUUUCGUGAUAGAUUUUCGGAACAUGGUGGCCUGGUUUUUCAGUCAUGUGUGAGAUGCAAGGACAGUGUUUUAGAAAUUCAUCACAGAAAUGAGGAUCUUCAAACUAUCUCUCUUGAGUUUUUGGAAGAUUCCAAGACAACAUAA